AUGCACCCAAAUUACAGACCGGGACACCUCCGAGAUGGAUACGACAUUGCCGUGCUGAUUCUCAGCGACCCAGUGGAGGGAAUUCCAAUUCCCCAGCUGGCAGAUCCCCACCUCUUUCUGCACUGCAAAAUGACAGCGCUCACGCUGGGGUGGGGCUCGCAGCAUUCCACGGGAGGGGAUUUACCAGAGAAGUUGCAGAUGGGCACGCACUCAAUAUUGUUUUGGGACUCCAGCUCUUGCCCUGUAGAUAGCAGCCUGUUGAUGUGCUUGAAGGCUCCUCCCCCUUAUGAAGAAAACACAUGUGCAGGUGACAGCGGCGGCCCCGUGCUCGUCCCCGACAUGCCGGGGUUUGUUUUCGAAGAGGGAAACCCGGAAAGGGAUCUCAUCGUGGGUCUCACGUCCUUUGGGACGAAGCAGUACGAUUGCAGCCACCCCAAGAGCAUCGGGUAUUAUACGCGGCUGAGCACAAUGCGAGAUUGGAUUGAUGAAACAGUGGAAGCAGAGCUGGGGAGUCGAUCUCCAAGCCCAGCUGAAAGCAGUAUUAGGAUGAUUCCAGGUUCCGAACACGAGUUAAGAGGGCUAUUUGAACAGAAUUGGAUUCUUCGGCGAACUAGCAUUGUGCAAGGAAGCAUAAUUCUCCGUGGCAUGAAUUGGACUGACAUCGAAUCGAGCAAAGAGAAUCAAGCCGUAUUGAUGCGGGCCAUCGUUACCAUGAUUGCCAGACAAGCCGAGGUUGUUGACAACCGGGUGAUCAUCACUGCCCUCACGGAGGUCAGGGGCAAUGUUGGUAUCAACUACAAGGUUAUCUUUCCAAGCCCCUGGGGGCGUACGGACACCUCACCCACUGGAGACUUCGGCAUAGACAAUUUUUUGCUCGGAAUCAGCAUGCGAAACGAAACCUUCUUGAUGCAAUACGACCCUGAUGAAAACAGUCUAAGUAGGAUGCAGCUUUUCAGUGACGUUCGCUUGGAACAGGCAUUCAGUGCUGAGCCUAUAAAGCAGGAAGAUCUAGGAGAAACGGUUCUGUGGAAGAAAUGGGUGUCACAGCCAGAAGCGGUUGCGGGUGCCAUGCUUGUUCUUUGUUUGGCGAUAGCGUGCAUGAUCGUCAGAACUGGAUCGUCAACAACAAAUGGGCACUCAUUCUCCUUUCAAGGGCAUGGCGGAUCAGUCAUCCAGGGUCAAGUGAGAUUGGCCAAAGGAAACUUUGACUAUUACAAGGCCAAUCCUGAGCUGCGAAAGCAAAUCAGUGAAGAAAUGGUGCAAGCAUUGCUGCUGGAGAUGGAGCAGCAUUGUGGAACUUCAAAUGUUAGGGAGACAGGGGCAAGGAGAGGAUCAAUCAUAGUGUCAUAUGAGAUAGACAUACCCGCAGGCACAUCAGACGAGACUGUUCGAAAACUGGUAGACAAAUUGGAGAAUAAUGCAUCCGCAGUUUUUCAAAAAAGCAAGCUGCUGGACAGACUUGACCCACAAGACUGCAAUCCUGUGAAACUGCUCAGGAAUGGCAUUCAAACCGAGACAAUAUCAGAUUGUGUCAGCACAUGCACAAAGUCGCGGGGCACGGCAUCAACUUUCCGGUUAUUCAAUGUGCUUUAUGCAGCCAUUUUUGCAGCGGCGUUUACUGUGGCACUGACCCAGGUUGUAUUCACCAAACCCACUGUUUCUAGCGUCUUCCAACUUGCUCCGAGGAUGGAAAAACGUUGGAAUGAGACAUCGGAAUGGAGAACUCUUGGCGCGGCCAGCCAGCUUUCCACCCAGGAAGGAGUGGUGGAUGCACCAGCUGGACGAUUCGAUUAUAUUGUCAGCAUCAGCGGAGUUAACUACGGUCACAAGUGCAGUGGGGUCUUGAUAGAAGGCUCGUGGGUAUUGACAGCGGCGCACUGCGUUGAAUCUGUGGGAAAGCUGCCCAGAGUGCAUAUAAAUCGAAGGGAGACAGGGGGUGCUGGACCUACUGCUGGCGAUACGCUGAAGGUGGUGGAAUCGAUAAUUCAUCCAAAAUGGAAUGGCAACCUUGAGAAUGGUUGGGAUGCCGCUUUGUUGCUCCUGGAUCGCUCUGUGGGCGUCGUGAGUCCCAUCCUCGCUGAUCCCAGCUUCAAUCUACGUCCCUCAACGCAGCUCUUUGUGCCAGCGUUUGGAGACAGCCUUCGAUUGGCGAAGAUGACCGUGGUCCCAAACCACUUGUGGCUGGGCCUGAGAGCCCUGAGUCCAGAUAUGUCGUGCAUGCUCUCAGAUUCUUUCCCACUGGAGGAAGGUUGUUCGGGUGGCCCGGCAUUGAUACUACACAGCCCCGGAGGCCCUAAUGACCUCGUUCAUCUUCAAGAGGGGAGGCCUGAUCUGGACUUGCUUGUAGGCAUUGUGUCCCACAGCAACAUGGUGCAGGGCUUUCACAGGGAGACGGCAUUGCAGAAGAUAAUGGUCAUUAGGCAGUGGAUCUUUGAUGUAGUGCAUACAGAGGACGUCCACCGACAUGAAGAAAACGAGAAUUUGCAGCUUUGGUCAUGGAUUGGAGACUGGUCAAAGGGAACGUUGCUGCUGGCUGGAAUGAUGCAAUUAGCUCUUGUUGCCUCGCGACAUUUGAUCAGUCAACGAGCGCUACAGAAAUGCCGUUCGGUGAGCAAGUGGACUUCAGACAUGGAGCGCAGAGAGUCUGCUAUGAAGGUGGCUUCCAUUGAGCCGCUGCAUGCGGUGAUCGACGAAGUGGGAGAAAUGCUGCCUAGCAUCAGGUACAACGAGAAUACGCUGAAAUUCCUGCAUGCCUGCAUGGAACACGCAAAGAUCAUAUCGCAAGAGAGUCCAUGUACAUUCCAUGCUGACAGCCCAAAGUUGAAAGCCUGGAAUGAUCUGGUCAAGGCCAUCACAGAUGGAAAGAUGCUUGUAUCAAGCCACACUCGAGAAUUCGACCUGUGGAACUAUUACACAGUGUCUGAAGCGGUGUAUUUGGUGGAAGACUGCUGCGCACAUAUUUUGAUCUCGGUUGAACAACUUAUGAGAGGCAGCACGGCCAGCGCACAAAACAAGAUUCCGGAUGGGAGUGCAGAAGAGGAUAGGGUCUUCCUUGAGCAGCACCUUGGGUUUCUGAUUGGCAUACGAGGUCCCGAGUGUAUUGGCAACCAAUCAUUCCUGCCUGAGUGGAUUGAUAUUCGAUCGAGGAUAAGGGGAGCACUCGAUCGCGUGGAGCAAAUCUGCAGGACUGACGUGGAGUGGGAGAGCAAGACAUUGAUUGCCAGCGGCCGCCAGGGCACCGUAUACAGGACCAAUUGGAAAGGCAGACCCGUCGCACUUAAAGUGGCUAAAGGUAUGAAGGGUCUGGACAGCGGCCUCGGGGCGCUGGCGGGGCUGUGGGCGGAAGCUGCCCUCAAUGCAAGAUUCGACCAUCCGCAUGUUACGCGUGUUCUGGCCAUGAGCGGCAUCGUUCGCGACGGCGAGGUAGAUCCCAACGCGUUUCUGGUCAUGGAACUGGGAACGGAAAAUCUGGAGACUUGGUACAAGCGGCAAGACCCGGAGGACUGGCUGCUAAAACGCCAUGUUCUUUUUCAGGCUGCAAAAGGCCUGCUCCACUUGCAUGAGAGCAGGGUGGUUCAUCGUGACAUCAACACGCAGAACUUUCUUGUCUUCGAUGAUGGCCAGGACUCCUGGCCGAUCAUCAAAGUGUGCGACUUUGGCGAUGUCGUCGCGCAGCCCAUUUGCUGGAGGAAUGAGACGACACUGGAAAAGCAGCCGGGAACGUCGUUCUACCUAGCACCAGAAAUUUUCGAUGGCGAGCCCAGCAGCACUGAGAGCGACGUCUUUAGUUUCGGAAUGGUGUCGAUGGAGAUUGUGGCGUCGAAGGGGAUUUCCGUGCUUGAAGCUCAAUGGGCAGGAAUAAGAGCAAGACAAGAUGCCAGACUGCCCUGCAAGAUUCCCUCUGGAUGUCCGAAUGACCUUGAAGACCUGAUCGUGCGGUGCCUUUCGCCCAAUCCCGACGCAAGGCCGAGCAUGAGGGAGGUGGUGUCAAUCCUAGCUGAAUAG